AUGCAAAAGGAGGAAUGCGGGAAGGACGGAGGGUCGCAGAAUCCUCGAUAUACGAGCACGAGGAAGGAAGAAGGGGUGCAUGGACCGGUGAGGUCGAACAGGGUUGCUGGGCAUGCGCCGACGUUCCUGUCCUCUCCAGAUACUAUGAGCGGUGGUGUCUACGGCGGAGACGAGGUCGGUGCUAUCAUUUUCGACGUUGGACACCAGAGCCUUCGCGUUGGCUAUGGCGGUGAGGACACUCCGAAGGCUGAAAUUCCGACUACCCUCGGUGUAUGGGAGGACACCGCCGACUCGCCCGACAGCGGUCAGAACGUCAGGAAGCACUACAACAUCGAUGUCACGGCCAUUCAAGUGCGAAAGAAGGAUAUGGAGAUGGUUAGCCUAAUGAAAGACGGUAUGAUCGAAGACUGGGACAUGUUCGAACGACUGACCGAGUACACGUACAAGCAGCGUCUACACGCUCUACCCGAGCACCAUCCGAUCCUGAUGACCGAGUGCCCGUGGAACACCAGACUGAAACGGGAGAAACUGCUGGAGCUGAUGUUCGAGAAAUUCAACGUUCCAGCGAUGUACAUCUGCAAGAACGCGGUUUUGGCAGCGUACGCGAACGGCAGAUCGACUGCCAUGGUAGUGGACAGCGGGGCGACUCACACGAGCGCGGUUCCGGUACACGACGGUUAUGUCAUCACUCAGGGCAUCGUGAAAAGCCCAUUGGGCGGUGACUUCAUCACGAUGCAAUGCAGGCAGUUCUUCGAGGAGAAAGAAAUCGAGCUGAUACCCGCAUCCCUGGUCGGGAGCAAAGAUGUAGUACGAGAACGAGACCCCCCGAGGUGGACCAAAAGGGCUGGUCCUCAACCGACGUCUUCCUGGAUGAGCUACAUGGUACGCGAGCUGUUGCAAGACUUUCAAAUGAACUGCCUACAAGUCUCCGACAGCCCUUACGACGAAGACAUGGCCAACACUUUGCCAAUGAAGCACUUCGAGUUCCCGACCGGGUACAACGACGAUUUCGGCUCCAUUAGACUGAUGAUUCCGGAAGCCCUGUUCGAUCCCAGCAACGUGAAGGGUGUUGGUGCCAGCAUCCUUGGCAUCGGGCCUCUCGUCACCACCAGCGUCGGCAUGUGCGACAUGGACAUCAGACCUAGCCUGUACGGAAGCGUGGUGGUGACCGGUGGUAAUUCUUGCCUGCAAGGCUUUAGCGAAAGACUGAACCGCGACCUGGCCAGCAAGACUCCUCCAAGUAUGAGACUGAAAAUAAUUAGCGCAAACAGCUCGAGCGAGCGUCGCUACGGUGCCUGGAUAGGAGGGUCAAUCCUGAGCUCUCUUGGCUCCUUCCAGCAGAUGUGGCUGUCGCGGCAAGAGUACGAGGAGUCGGGGAAGCUGAUUCUGGAGCGGUGCGCGUGA